AUGAAGAAAUCCCCAGCUGGCAGCUGGUAUUCCUGCUUCAGCCUGGGAAAUCCAUCCUCUGCAGCCACACACCAACUGCAGCACAAUGCCAGGGAGCCCUCAGAAACAGAGAUUGUGGUCCCGGCGGGUGAAUCGAGCCCUUGUCCACCCAGAAGAGCCACAGCAAGUUGUGAUGAUGCACUGUGUGCUUCCAUCAAUGGAGAGCUCCUAGGAAGCACAAAUCGCUGCAGUUCCAGUGACCGCCUUGAUGACAACAGUGAUGGGCAGAAGAAGCUCAUCCAAGUUCAAGCUCUCAUUUCUCCCCGUUGUGCUGAAGACGCUGACCUGAUCCUGCCAGAAAUAACAGUCACCAGCCUGGAUUGUGACCCGGCAUCAUUGCAGUGCAGCCCCACCCAAGCACAGCCCGUGUGCCCUGACAGCAGUACCUUCAUGCGGGAUCAGGUCAGCCUCAGUGAGGAGAAGCCGAGCCUCGUGGAGGGGGACUUAGAAUCGGAGCUCCAGUCCCAGGCACCGGGCAGCAGCAUGAGCUCUGAGCCACUCUCUCCAUGACACGAGAGGAUGAGUCCCAUCUUUACCCGGGACCUCUCACGCCCUCCUGGCUUUUAGUGAAUAAAAGCAUGCUCGUGCUGGA